AUGAAGAAUUUCCGUGAAGCAGUCAACCAAUGCAACUUGAGAGAUAUAGGUUACCCUGGGUCGAAUUUCACAUGGUGCAGGAGACUGGGGGCUCGUGGAUGGAUCAGAAAGAGACUUGACAGAGAUCUGGCAUCCACAAACUGGUCUGUUAUGUUCCCAAAUAUGGGUCUACAUCAUGUAGUAGCUUUCACAUCGGAUCAUUGUAUGCUGGUUUUGAAGGCCCACCAUGAUAAACAGCAGAGAACCCAACGAAUGAAGCUAUUCAAGUUUGAGUCAAUGUGGCUGAGAGAUAAGGGGUGCAAGGAGAUAGUGACUGAGGCAUGGGACAAGGCACUGAAUAUGGGGGGCCAACACCCGUUUUCUCAAUGCUUGGAGGAGUGCAAGCAGUCUCUGAUGGUGUGGAACAGGAAUACUUUUGGUUAUGUAGGCAGGAAAAUAGCAAGACUUCAAGGAAAACUCUAG